AUGUGCUCCCUUGAUGCUGGUGUAGAACAGUCCGUUUUUCAUUUGAUGCUUAGACUUAGUAACACUAAAUCAUUAUCUCUCGACAACAAAAAUUCUAUUCGUAUCUAUCUAUCUAUCUAUCUAUCUAUCUAUCUAUCUAUCUAUCUGUCAGAGUCUCGCGCAGCCUUGUCAUACGCAGUCACACGCUCGGGCGUACCUGCACGUGGAUGUCACCUGAUUGCAACCCAGCCCCCUUCUUUCCUGCUCCAUUCCGCCUCUUUUUUUUUCCUUCUUUUUCGUUCCUUUCCUUCUCAUUUAGCUACUCCCCCCCCUCCUCUUCUUCUUCAAAUGUGUCUUUCUUCAAAUCAAAGCGGGGCUUAUGGGCCCUGCGGUUUGUGGUCCGGUAACUUUACCCUCUCUCUUUCUUUCUUUCUUUCUUUCUUUCUUUCUUUCUUUCUUUUUUUUUCUCAUUCUCCUUUCCGUUUUUUUUUUUUUCACUUCUUCUUCCGUUUCUCCUUCUUUGUCUUCUACUUUUUCUGUUGUCGCUGUCCAAAGAGGUUUGUCCACGUAUGUUGCACUAGUUACAUAACUACGUUAAUGGACCGGUCGUGGAUUGCUAGUCGUUUGACAGGCUGA